AUGGUGCAACAGAGACGACUGGACACAGUGUUCCAGCCUGAGCAACGAAAGAAAAAGGACGUUGAGAAGGAUAAAACUCAAAACGGAUUAAGGCAAAACCUCGCCAGCAUCGUGAUCCUCAACGAUUUCGGUAGCAUCAAAAAGUUCUACUCCAGGAAGGAGUUCCUGAAUCGUUCCCGGUUUUGGGUCAUGAAAUCAGAUCGGUACGAAGGGCUCGCGACCAUGAAUGGGACGAUUUGGAACCUCAACCGGAGAUUCUGUUUGCACACACUCCGCGAUUUCGGCAUGGGGAAGUCGUACGCAAUGGAUGACAUAGUGGAGGAGUUCCAGUGCGCCUGCAGCGAGAUCGCUAAGGCACAAGGGAAACCAAUUGCAUUUUACGACUACAUCAUGCCCUCCGCAUCUAACAACAUAUCGGCCAUAGUGUACGGCCGCCGCUUUCCGUACGACCAUCCGGCGCGCGCCGACAUUAACCGCCUUGUCUCAAGUAUGCAGCACGCCUUACGAUUCGGGCGCAUUUACCAGCACAAUCCAGGCUUCGUCACGGCAAUCACGAAACGAAUUCGUGGCACGCACGUCAAUCUCGUUAGAAACAAGGUGGACGACUUGGCUCUCUAUGCACUGUGA